AUGUCUUCAGUUGAAACUGAGAUAAGCACAUCUCCAAAUCUCCCUGAUGAUACUAUUACCAGUGCUGCUAGCCCAUCUCGACAUUCUCCUGGUAAGCUCUACUAUGAUUCUUUGUGGCAUUCUUGGUUGGUUUCAGAUUUAAUGAAAGAUAUAUAUCUAUGGAAGAAAAAAAAACUAAGCUUAGCAGUCCUUGUUAUUUCAACAGCUACAUGGGUAUUGCUGGAAAUCUAUGGAUUCAACUUCAUUCCAGUUGUUUGCUGGGUCGCCAUUUUCAUUGUCACUUCCAUAUUCUUGUGGGGAAACCUGGCCAGACUCUUCCACAAAGAGAUACCGGCCAUAUCUAUAUGGGAAGUUUCAGAGGAACUCACAAUGUUUUCACGGAACGCCCUUCGGGUAGCGGCGGAAGAAGGGAUACUUUGGAUGUUUCGGGUGGGUGUAGAGGAUAAAUGGUUCAUCUUUGUUGGAAUAGUUGCAGGAUUGUGGUUGCUCUCCAUGGUUGCUGGUUUUUUGAGUUUCAUUUCUUUCUCAUAUAUAGGUGUAUUGAUUGGCAUGAGUGUUCCGUUCAUUCUUUUCACGUACGAGAGUAAUAUAAAAGGAUUCAGAGAUCGUAUGGAGGCGCAGGGGAGAAGAUGGUUCCAUAGGACGACGGAGUCUGAGUACAAGGUUGCUGAAGAUAAAGUGAAGAACAAGGUUGGUGAAGAUAAAGGGAAAAACAAGGUUGCAGAAGAUAAAGGGAAGAAAGGGAAGAAGGUCGAGUAG